GUGAAAUAAAAGAUGCCAUCAAGUCUACUCUUCAGCCAUUGUAUUUCAACGUAGUCAGCUAUCUUCAACGGUGUGCGGUAACACAGUCAUUUCAAUAAACGCAGAUUUUAGCCAUCCAGUUGAAUUGAACAAAACCUAGUCUGCACACGGAUUUUAAGGAAGAUAAUUACUAAAAUAAUUGUUUGGUUUUUUUUAGGGCUCACGCGAUAUUAAAAUUUGCAGCAGGCUACGUGCGCGACGUGCACAGCAUUCCAGACGUCGGAAUAGAAUCCAGCUUUCUGGCUAAUUAUAAAGCUAGCUACAUUGUUUAUUUUCCAGAAAACUUUUGUUAUUAAACCAAUAGGCUUUUCUCUACGGAUCCGGUUUCUAUUUAGAUGGCAAGCUUCCCUAAUUCUGUAAACGAAAAUGAGAUAGGUAAGGCUAAGUUCAUUGGUGAACUCUUAGUGCCUGUUGCUCCCUUUGACCAGAAGUCCGGGCGAGAGACCUGGACUGUAGCCUUUGCACCUGAUGGUUCCUACUUCGCUUGGUCUCAAGGGCAUCGCAUUGUGACGCUUGUUCCCUGGUCAAAAUGCCUGAAGAAUUUUGUUGGGGAAGGCUCCAACGGAGCGGGCCCUCAGCGUUUGUCGCGGCAGAACAGCGAGGGAGGAACAGUGGUGCCAGUGGGCGAGCCCAGGGAGCAUACCAUCGACUGCGGUGACAUCGUGUGGGGUCUGGCCUUUGGCUCGUCUGUGCCAGAGAAGCAGAGUCGCUGCGUCAACAUCGAGUGGCACCGUUUCAAGUUCGGUCAGGACCAGCUGCUGCUUGCCACGGGCCUCAACAAUGGACGUGUCAAGAUCUGGGACGUCUAUACUGGAAAGCUGUUGCUGAAUCUCAUGGACCAUACAGAUAUAGUGCGAGACCUCACUUUUGCCCCUGAUGGCAGCCUCAUGCUAGUCUCGGCAUCCAGAGACAAAACCCUGAGGGUCUGGGACCUGAAAGAUGACGGCAACAUGGUUAAAGUGUUGCGGGGUCAUCAGAACUGGGUCUAUUGCAGCGCAUUCUCACCAGACUCCUCAGUCCUCUGCUCUGUCGGAGCCAGUAAAUCGGUGUUCCUUUGGGAUAUGGAUAAAUAUUCCCUGAUCCGGAAGCUUGAGGGUCACCAUAAUGACGUGGUGUCCUGUGAGUUCUCUCCUGAUGGCGCCUUGCUCGCCACCGCCUCCUACGACACCCGCGUCAUCAUCUGGGACCCCCAUGUGGGCACUGUGCUGCUGGAGCUAGCGCACCUCUUCCCUCCCCCCUCGCCCAUCUUUGCAGGAGGGGCCAACGAUCGCUGGGUACGUUCCGUAGCAUUCUGUCACGACGGGCGUCACAUCGCCAGCAUCACUGACGACAGGCUUGUGCGUUUCUGGACCAUUGAUGAGAAGUCUCCCAAGGCCAUCGCUCUCAUUAAUGGUCUCUGCUGUGCCUUCUCUACUGACGGGAGUGUCUUAGCAGCUGGGUCUCGAGACGGCAGCGUGCAUUUUUGGGCGUGCCCAAAGAGCAUUGCCAGCCUGCAGCACCUGUGUCGCAUGGCACUACGACGGGUCAUGUCCACCCAGCAGGUGCAGACACUGCCCAUCCCGCCCAGCAUACGCUCCUACCUGUCUUACCAAGAUCUCUAGCCCUUCACCCUCACCGCCCAACACCGCACGCUGGAAACCAAUGAAUAUUACCUUCCUAGAAAAAACACCCAGGAUAAAGACAACAAAAGAGGAAAACUUGAUUUACAGACUAACACCACCAUGCUAUUCUGUGGCAAGGCAGCUUCUUUUUCUAUGUAUUUAUUUUUGUUGGUUUACUUUCGUUUGUGCAAGCCACGGUCUCCCUCAGGGAGUGUGCUUGAAUGGUUAAGUUAUUUCAGUGGCCUGUCUCUCUGCUUAAGAUGGCCUUACCAUAUCAGUCACCUCUGGAUAGUUCUACAUUCUUCCUGCAGUAGAGACUUGUUCUCUGUAGAUAAUUGGCCGCUUUUAGAUUUUCGAUGCUCCCUAACUGUCUAGCUUAGAUUUCGAAUGCCUGAUAGAAAGCUGGACAAAUCGAGGAGACUAUAAAAGUAGAGGUCCAUUAUUCUUUCUACAGUUUCCAUUUGGUUUUGGUCAUUUCAAUAUCAAUUGAGAUCGUUUUCCCUUUCCCUAAAUACCUUUUUUAUUUAUUUAUAAUUUAAAAAAUCAAACCAUCUUUUCUUUUUUUUURUUACACAAAAUAGAUGGCUUCA